GCAACGCCUUGUUCAAGCACCUGGCAGAGAAAUGCGACCCCCUGGCUGCCAAGGCCAAAGAGGGCAAGGAGCGCCUCCUUGUCGUAGUCGGCUACCUGGGCUCUCGCUACCGCUGCAGCGCCUACCAGAAUGAGCGGGAGGAGGCCACACUCCCCUCAGUUGAAGGGGCGGUGAUCUCGGCAGUGCGCCGUGCCUGGGGGAAGGACGUCUUCUUGUCCGCCGUGCGCAGCGCACGGACGGACCGAGGGUUCCAUGCGGCCGAGAACGUUCUCAUCCUUACGCUCAGGCCUUGCCUUCGCGACGACGCUGCCCUGCUCCGGGAGCUCCGGGAUUCCGACAUCCGGCUUCUCUCGCCGGUGGUCCCGGUAUCCUCCUUGGGGCCUUCGGCAACCAUCUUUGACAAGGUCUAUGCUCCGCGGCGACGAUCCUUCAACGUCUACAUCCCGUAUUGGGCCCUCAUGACCGAG